AUGGUGAAGGAAUUUGCAGCUAGAAAGUGUUCUCAUUGUGGGGACAAUGGCCAUAAUUCUAGGACUUGUAGUGGAAAGGGUGGCGGUUGUGUCAAGUUGUUUGGGGUAAAUAUAAGUGAGAAAAAAGAGUUCACUAAGAGAAGGGUUAAUUUAGAUUCUUUAAAGAACACAGGAGGUGAUGCUGAUCAUCGUGAUCAUGUUGAUGGUGGCUCUAUGUCAGAUGGGUAUACCAAGGCAGCACAUGAAAGGAAAAGGGGAAAGCCUUGGACUGAAGAGGAGCAUAUAUUGUUUUUAGAAGGUUUGGAAAAGCUUGGAAAAGGUGAUUGGAAGGGAAUUUCUAAGAAUUAUGUGACCAGCAGGACACCGACCCAGGUUGCUAGUCAUGCGCAGAAGUAUUAUCUGAGACAAUCUUCAACUGAUAAGAGCAAUCGUAGAUCAAGUCUCUUUGAUAUAACUCAAAGAGAAUCUAUUCCAGCAUCACAGCCACAGGUGCCUUCUAUUUUCCCUGCUACCACUUCAUCACAGGCUAGCACCUCUUCAGCUUUGCCAUUAGAGAAGCCUACUGAAAUCCAAUCAAAUGCUAUUACCCAAGCUGAGGUCAUGAACAGACUCUGCUUGAAUAGUUCCAUUCCAAUGUCAUUUAUACCUUUAGCUAUUUCAAGUGUUGAUGGAAUUCCAUAUAUUGUGGGGUUCCCUAGCAUCAGGCAGAGUUAUCAGGGAGAUAAAACCAUACAAGCUGAAACAUUCCUCCUAAUGCUGAAUUAUGAUUAUUCAAGGCUAGGCUAUCCAUUUACGUCUAAGAGUCCUGGAAGAUAUACUAGUGCACCUAUUUCCACCCAUCCUUCUGGUAUUCCUACACCAAGAUCAUCUCCCAUAAACUAUUUGCAGGAAGAUCCAUCAAGUUAAUCAUUUCCCAUGAAUUGGACACCUCCUCAACUCCUCCGAGCACCUCAGGCUUCAAGACCCAGUAGUGUGAUUUUUAGAACAUUUUGGUUUCUGUUUGGGUAAUUAUGUUUACCAUGUUAUUUUCCUAGUUAGUCAUAGUCAUAGUCAGUCAUAGGGUAACUAGAAAUCAUAGUUUGCUUUUGGUAAUAGUUGUU